CCCAAAAGGUAAAAUUCAAUAACCACCACCAGGACAAAUUCAUGUGGAGUAAGCCAAGAAAUCUUGACAAACAACAAAUCCCUACCAUGACCACAUAACAACCCUCUUUCUCCUCCUUCCCAAAGGCCAAAACAACAAAUUACCAUUUUAUAACUUAAAUCAAAUCCAAGCAUUUAUUACGAAAAAAAAUGAAUUUAUUCAAUUAAUUGUUUAUUUUAUUUCAUUUACAAAACAAAAUCUCUUUCAACCAUGAUGGAAUCAAUUUGCUGUUUUCCAUUAUAAAAUUUACUGCAAACUUCAACGUUCCUCUCCUCUCUACCCUUAUGGAUUCCGAUUUUUGGACCGCUCGUCUCGCCGCCGCGAAGCGGCAAUUCACGAUGCAACACCACCAUCACCACCACCACCAGAGCUCCCAUCUGGAUCGGUUGAACGUUGAUGAUUUCGAGGUCGAAGAAGAAAUCCGACCCGAUUUUCCAUGCCCUUAUUGUUAUGAGGAUUUUGACAUCGGGUCCUUGUGUUCCCAUCUCGAAGAUGAACACUCUUUUGAAUCUAGAGCCACUAUUUGUCCAGUUUGCUCUGCUAAAGUGACAAGAGAUAUGUUAAGCCAUAUCACUCUGCAACAUGGACACUUGCUCAAAAUAUCCUUUUUAGAUUUUGCCAUAGAAAAUUGGUGUUUUGAUCGACGCCGUAGAUUACGCAGAGUGGCGGUUCCAAACAGUCAAGCACUUUCCCUUUUGGGGCGGGACCUACGGGAGGCUCAUCUGCAAGUGCUUCUCGGAAGCGGCGGCGGUGGUGGCGGCGGUUUCCGUUCAAAUAUCACCACCUCAUCGGCGGCAAGUGUGGCGGCUUCUGAUCCGUUUCUUUCUUCUUUGGUUCUAAACUUUCCGGCGUCUGAAGCUGAAGAGAUAUCCAAAUCGAUCGCGUCAAAUGUGGAAGAAAGUCCCAUGAAGUGUCAAACUCCACAACAUAUAUGGAAAUCAAGUUUUGAUUCUUCAUUAAGUUCUGAAGAACGGGAAAAGAGAAUGAAACGAGCUGCUGGACAAGCCGUUUUUCUACAAGAUCUGCUAAUAUCAACGCUUUUAUCGGACUAAAGUGGGACCCGAGAGGAAGAGCUGAAUAAGUUUUUAUUUGCAAAUAUAAUGUUAAAAUUAUUUGCUUUUAAAAAAAGGUCACAAAAUCACAAUAGAACAGGUCAUUGGUAAACCGAUUGAGCAAAAAUCUUUGUUGUAUAAGUUUCGAUCUGUUGUUCUUCGGCUCUUGCCCUCUUGAUUGACCCGUGUUGUAUGAGCAAAUAUGAUGUUUUUUCUUUCUUUUCUUUUUUCUUUCAUGUUAACAAAAUCGGUGAUGUUUAUUUCUGAUUGUUUUGUUUAUGGUACAAAUUUCCUGUUUUGUGAAACGUUUGUUGGAUUGUGUAUGUCUUUUUUUUUUUUUGGAUGUUUGUUUGAAUGCAUGUUAGUGAUUUGUACACAACAGUGUUUUGCCAUACA